CUCCCCCCGGCUCUGCCCCCCUCAUCGCCUGCAGGAGCCGAGCCAGCUCCGGGGAGCGAACGCCUCGGGCCGGGCUAGGGAUCGAGUCUCCCACCGAGGAGAGGGGGCAGGAGGGAGACAGGGGGAGAGACUGGCAGGAGCAAUAGGUGGGGAAGGAGGUUCCCGGCUCGCAGCCCUGCCAAGCCCCAUUCCCCGCAGCACCCCGGGGCAGAUUGACUUUCCUGGACAAGGCUGAAGAACCACAUCUGGUCCGUUCCAGACUGCACUACCCUCCCGGGGCAUGGGGCAGGGACAUGGCUGGAGCAGAGCUGGCUCAGGAGCCGGUGACCUUCGAGGAGGUGGCUGUAUAUUUCACCAAGGAGCAGUGGGCUCUGCUGGUCCCAGGUCAGAGAGCCCUCUACAGGGACGUCAUGCAGGAGAAUUAUGAGGCUGUGGCCUCACUGGGGUUUCCCGUUCCCAAACCCCUCGUGAUCUACCAGCUGGAAGGAGGGGAGGAGCUGUGGGUCCCAGAUCCCCAGGGCUCUGAGGACAGGAAGGUCCCAAGACACAGCCACAGAGCUGCCGAGGGGAUGGUAAAGGAGGAGGAGGAGAGGCCGCAGCAGGAUGCCCCUGAGCAGCUGCAGGUGCAGAGCCCUGGUCAGGGAGCAGCCUGUGUAACUGAGGGCAGUUCAGGAAGGCAGCAGAGAAACUCACCCUCGGAGUCAGAGUGUGAGCAAGGCACUGGGCUGCAACCCACCCGAGGCCUAUCCCCUCCCUGUGGUGGAGCCGUGGAGAGUCAGGGUCAGGCCAGGGAGCGGCCCAACAUGUGCAGCGAGUGUGGGAAAGGCUUCCGGUGCGGCUCAGACCUCACUAAGCACCGCCGGUCCCACGGCGAGCGUCCCCACCAGUGCCCUGAGUGUGGGAAAGGCUUCCCUGUCCGCUCAGCCCUGACUACCCACCAGCGCAUCCACACGGGGGAGCGCCCCUAUGCCUGUGACGCCUGCGGGAAGCGCUUUGGACAGAGCUCCCACCUCAUGCAGCACCUGCGCUCCCACACAGGGGAGAAGCCCCACCGGUGCCCCGAGUGUGGAAAGAGCUUCCGGGAGGGCUCCACUCUGGCCCGGCAUCGCCGCACCCACCGCCAGGAGAAGCCCCACACCUGCCCCCACUGUGGGAAGGGUUUCCACGAGCGGUCCAACUUCACCCGGCACCAGCGCACCCAUGCUGGGGAGCUACUUCCUCCCCCAGAGGAGGAGGGGAAGUCCUUCAUCUGCCCCGAGUGUGGGAAGGGUUUUGGCCGCAACGCCUAUCUGACCCUGCACCGGCGCGUGCACACAGGAGAGAGGCCCUAUGCCUGCGCUGACUGCGGGAAGAGCUUCAGCGCCAGCUCCAACCUGACCCGGCACCAGCGUGUCCACACGGGUGAGAGACCCUACCCCUGCGCCCGCUGCGGGAAACGCUUCUCCCAGAGCUCCACCCUCUUUGUGCACCUGCGCACCCACACCGGAGAGGCACCCUACCGCUGUGCUGCCUGUGGGAGGGGCUUCAGUCAGAACUCCACCCUCCUGGCGCACCAGCGCACCCAUAGGGGUGGGAAACCCUGCCACCAGCCCCUGGGAGCCUGUGCCAGGGACGGGCCCUACCUGGGCAAGUGCUGUGCCAGUGACUUGCUGCUCCAGAGGCACCAGAAAACACACCUAUGAUGCGGGAUCUGGCAUGGCAGAGCGUAGCCCUGAGGACUAGCCCGGGGUCAGUUUCUUGCUCUGCCACAAAUUACUUAGGCCCAGAUCGUCAAAGGUAUUUAGGCUCCUGACUCCUAUUGAUUUAAAUGUGCUUUAGGGCCAGAUUUUAAAGGUAUUUGGGUGCUUAAAAGUGCCUAACAAUUCAGUUCCUAAAGGGAACCAAAAAAAGUAGAAAUUUCACAUGCAACAAAAUUCCAUCAUGUUCUGGUUGUGACUUUAUAUAUAUAUAUAUAUAUACACACACACACACACUAUAUAUAUAUUAAACAAAAAAUCAUUUUAAAAGGAAAAUCAAAAUGGUCCCUCCCCAAGAGGUAGAAAUGGAACCUUUCAGCCUUCUAGGUAUGUUUCGGUCUCAUUUUAUUUUUCCUCAAUGAAAUUUCAUCAGAACUAAUCCAUUUCUCCUAUUUUGACAGAAUGCCCCUUCCAACACAGAACCAUUCCCUCAGAAUGUUUUUGGCUAGCUCUAGUGCUUAACCUCCUCUGAUGCUUUUGAAAAAUCCCUCCAGGUGCCUAUCUACAGCUUUAGGCACCUAGGUACCUUUGUAAACCUGGCCUUUCAUGUGUGAGAGUUUCAGUCACCCAUCUGUAAAAUGGGGUUAUAACUCUGCCCUGCCUGACAGAGGUAUGCCCGGACAAAUGCACUGAAGGUUGUGAGGUGCCAAGAUGCUACAGUGAUGGGAGCUCUCUCAGCAUCAUAGAUAGGGAGCAUGAGGUUAGCGAAUUGCCACUGAAUUUCCCUGGGAUUUGGGGGCCUAAGUCCCUUAGGUUCCUUUGAAAAUUUCAGCCCACAUUGCUCAGGAGUAUAAGAGGAUUGGUGUGUGUGUGAUGUAGGGAGAGGAACAGUCAGAGGAGGGAGGGAACUGGUAUUUGAGUUGGGGAGGGAGUGGCUGCCUUAGGAAGCAGGGGUUGUCGUGAAGGAGCUGGGCACUACUUUUGGAUUGUUUGUCGGGAGUUUGCGAGGAAUUGGGAGCCAAAGGGAAAUUUUAUUUUUCUUAAAGCCUCAAAACUACCCAAAGUGAUGAAGGCCUUUGGUUCUCUGAGGUCGCAGGAGGAGGGAUAACAAACUAGCGGGGCCAUAUGGUGUGUUCCCCCCCCCCACACACACACAUACACACAUAUACAUACAUACAUACAUUCUGAGCAAUUCCUGUAUUUUGGAGUUCUCCAUAGUGAUGGACAAAAAUCCUGUAGCUCCCGCUACAUGCAGCUGGUCACAAAACAGGAAAUAGCAUUCACAAAUGUGUUUCAAGGGAUAUUUCCUGUUCUUUCAUCCACAUGCAGAGUCCAGACCAAGGGCAGAGCCCCACUUCAGUCCCAUUUGUGCUCUAUAUUGAGGGAUUAAGGGGGAUUUAAUACCCUUUAACCCAGGGGUAGUCAGUUAUUUUUUCUCAAAAUCCAAAUUUCUUGGUUAAGGUAUAGUCAAGGUUCAGACUCAGGGGAAAUUAAUUUUAAAAAUCCCAACAAUAAUGGUAAUAAGUAAAUAACAUUUUGGGAUCUGUUCAGAAGUGUCUGGUGGUCCGGAUUUGGCCCAUGGUCCGCCUAUUGACUACUCCUGCUCUUAUCUAUCUAAUCACAUUAAAGUUGGUCAGAAACUGGGAUUUCCCACGGAAAAUUAUAAUGAAAAUGAGGGGGGAAAUGCUUCUGUUGAAAUUUUUCACAAGAAAUUUCAACUUUUAAAUGCAAAAUGGAAAUAUUUCAAUUCUGAAAUGAUACCCUGGUCCCUCAUGGGAGAUGUAGUUUGAUUGCUUCUUGCCCCCAUUCUCCUGUAUGGGUCAGGUUCCAUAAUUGGCCUACGUCUCCCAUGAUGCCUCGCUGAGGGAGGGUGGUGAAUCAUGGACCGCCCAUGGCCACAAUGCCUCAUGGGAAAUGAAAUCCAGCUGGGGAACCCGGCCUAUAGAGGAGAAUGGAGAUAUGAAGCAACUGAACUACAAUUCACAUGAAGCAACCUUGGCAGAAUUUUCAAAUUGAAACAUUUCAUUUUGAGGGAGUUCAGGGUUUUGCUUUUUUUCGUUUUGUUUUGUCUUUUAGAUGAAAAAUUGAUAUUUUCCUCAGAAAUCAGAUAUUUUCAUUUUCAUGAAAAAUACAUUAGACAAAAUUCAAAUUUCCAUCAAUAAAAAGUUUAGGCAACAUGUGUUUUGGCCAGUUGUAAUCACCAUGCAUAUCCCUCUGUCAUCUAGCUGUACUUCAUAUAUGUGUUGGGUAAUAUAUAUGUGGGAAAAACUUUGAGUCAUCUCCUUAUCUGUAGUCUGUCUCUUUCUCUGUUUUGUCUUGUUUAGAUUGUAAACUCUUUGGCACAGAGACCAGGUCUUUUUAUGUGUUUAUGUAGCACUCGAUGCAUUGGAGCCCCAAUCAGAACUGGGCCUGUUCAUUGUUACUGUAGUACAAUUAAUAAAUGUUAAUUACUUCUGUUUAAUUAUGAAUCAUGCUUGGAACACAUAGAGAUUUUUGGUUUGAACAACAUUUUGUUUCAUAAUUUCCUUUCAAUGUGAAAAG